AUGCAGUCGUCACCUUCUGUGUGCAGAGUGUCCUCAACCGGGCCUUCUGGCAGGGCCUACAUUCUGAACUUGUCAUGGGUCUCUUUGACCACAGCAAGGUGUGGCCCACUCACUACCAGUCAUCCGUUUCCCAGUUUGCAUCGAUUGAAGUUGGAGGUGUCUCCCAAUGGCGUGCAAUGGUUUUUGGCACCGCGGCCAAUCACUCUAUUCGAACAGCCGCAAUUCCACAGCAUUUCGCCACUGUUGGCAGCGGUGAACUCCUCGCGUUGGAUCACUCUCCGCGGCAUUGGCUUUCCGCGAGGUGUUGGAUUGAGGAUAUUGGUGGAGAUCUCCCCAGGCUUCUUCCGUCAGGCGUUGAGAGUCAAUAGCACAGCCCUGCGCUUUCGUUCGCCCACAUCAUCAACUGCUAUGAAUGCCUCUAUUUGGGUGACCUUCGGUGGCGCCCCUGCCAAAAACACUGGCUUCAUCUUGAGGCUGGUGGAUUCUCCCAGUGUGACCAGUGUCUCCCCACCAGCCAUCAGCGUUGGUGAGCCGCAAGGCACAGACACCAGACGACCUAUCAACAUCUAUGGUCUAAACUUUCGGGACACUGACGAGUGCAUCUUCCAGUCAGCUUCAAUGGUGCAGCCUGAACGUGUGCCUCUCUACAGCUACAUCUCGUCUACGCACGUCCAAUGCCGCGCUCCAGGUGUGGCGCUAUCUGAUGCGUUGGUCCCACCCUACACCCCAGAGGAGGUCGAUGCUUGCGAGGUCUACGCGUAUUUACAGACGAGGAUCAACAGCCUCCGAGACCAGGUCAAUGCAAUGAAGAUCGAGCAGUUCACACGACGGGAUAGCGAUCGUUCUGGCUGCUUUGGAGACUGCGAGGAGACAAACUUAAGCUUCUUCAAUGGCACUUUGCAAUCUUGGUAUUCUGCCGAACAAGGAAUGGAGAACGAAACCGAGGAGAACAUGUCUUUCGACCUGGACAAUCUGUCCUACCAGGUCUCUCUUCUUGUACCUACCGCAGAACAGGUUGCUUUGGAAAGGGAGACAGAUCAGUUGAUCUUCGAGGCCAACGUGGAGUAUUUGAAGUGCAUUGCCCAGCAAGCGGCUCCAGCUACUGUGCAGGCACGUGCCCGUGGAGGAUUUCUGCUCGCGCAAGUUUGGUCGCCCGAUCUUCUUGACCAACAGCUGAGCAGUUUGAGCGACGCUGAAGCCUUUCCUGUGCGGCUCUUGCCACGUCUCGGGAUUUCAUUUGUCACCCCAGACUCUGGGCCUGUAACUGGAGGCACCUUAAUUGCAGUGGUGGGUAAUGGCUUUACGCAACAGGGGCGACUGCAAGGAUCCCAGGAUGACAAUCUAUACAUGCCAGCGCGGUACUUCAACGAGAGCUUGAUCUAUUGCACGACACCUGCAUAUCAUCCGGCAGGAGUAGCGAAGCUCAAAGUGGCAAGCUGGCUGCACGAGCUCUCCCUGACAUCCGUUGAUUUCACCUUCUAUCCCCGGUGGAUCUUCUCCCUGCGAGAGGAGGCCGCUUGCUUUGCAGGGGCUCGAGGUGACAGUGUCGUGCUGUAUGCGUCUGAGGCGGAGUUUGUUGAGUGGCGUUACUCAGUGUACAAGGCCCUCUGCUUGUUCACAACCGUUGGACCACCCACGCGGGUGUUUGAUGCAGAGGCAACUAUCUAUGCUUGGAACAGCACGAUGCGGGUUGUGUGUCCCUGCCCUGCGCUGUCGCUCUCUGACACUGCCAGUGAUUCGAUCAAUGUGUCCAUCUCUUUGGACGGGAAAGCCACCAUCAGUGAAGUGCUCGGUCAGCCGGUGCGAAUUCUGAAAGCGCCAGAGGUUCAUCAUAUGGCUCCAAGUAUUUGGACCGUGGGCAGCGACCUGGAUUUGGUCAUCAGCGGAGCCAACUUCCCCUCAGAUGUCGAGAUGGCAUGUGUCCUCUAUGACCAUACUUCUCAAGGCUACACCUUCGAGUCCUUUAAGGUACGGCAAGAGAGCAUGUGGCGAGAGCUCAUUGAGGACAGUUGUCCAGCAGUUCCUGAAGCUGACUACACCCAUCAAUGGCAAGAUGUGCGUGAGCCUCAUUGUGCACUCGCAGGUGCCAACGUCUCUUGGGACGGAGCGUUGGCUUUUAUACCCGCUGACUACGUUUCCAGCGGGGAAGUGAGAUGCAACGUUCCUUCUCUAGCAAUGACCAUGAGGGGCCACAUGAUGACGAAUCGCUCGCUCACAGCCUACCUGGUUGCCAAGAAAAACACUGGCUAUUUGAUGCAGGUCGCUGAGUUGCCGGACAUCUACAUUCUUCCACGUGUCCAAAUUCGGCAAGUAGAUCCCGAGGUGUCUUCUGUCGUGGAAAAGAAUGACACUAGCAGUGUAGAGCCCUUGCUCAUCCAAGUGAUGGGAGAGGAGUUCUUCUUGAAGCACAUGGCGCGGAGCGAUCAGAGGAGGUUCGUCGCUUAA